AGAUAGUUUCAUAACCAACUUCAAAAUUCUCUACUUCAUUUAGCUACUUGUUUUUGCUUCUAGGUCUCUUUCUUUCGUUAUAAGAAUUAAUUAGCAAGCAAGCAAGCAAGCAGCAUGGCUGUAAAAGUAUACGGAUUCAUCGGUUCAAACGCAGUGUAUCGUGUUCUGGCCAGUCUCUACGAGAAGAAUGUCGAUUUUGAGUUUAUUACAGUCAAUAUGGUUAGCCGGGAACACAAAAGACCUCUUUUCCUUGCACGCAAUCCAUUUGGUCAAGUUCCAGCGUUCGAGGACGGAGAUCUCACACUAUUCGAAUCAAGAGCGAUCACCAAGUACGUAGCACGAAAAUACGCGGAUCAGGGAACGGAACUGAUACUCAAGGAUCCGAUUCAGAUGGCGAUACAAACGGUGUGGAUGGAAGUGGAGAAUCAGAAAUUUGAUCGGGCAUCGUGGAAGCUAAUGGAAAUAGCCAUGGGCCGGGUUCGGGGCGGCCCAGAACUAGUGGCAGAGUACGAAAAGAAGUUAUCUGAUGUGCUUGACGUGUAUGAAGCACGGCUGAAGGAGAACAAGUACUUGGCAGGAGAUGGGUUCACGCUGGCGGAUCUCCACCACCAACCCAACAUUUACUUCUUGAUGUCAACAAGGGUCAAAAGGUUGUUUGAGUCACGACCGCAUGUCCGCGCCUGGGUUGCUGAUAUUCUCUCCAGGCCUGCUUGGUUGAAACUCAUGGCUUUCUCUCCCUAGCUUCUACUCUUUACUUUGCUGUCUAUAUAUAUGGAGUCAAAGUUGCUCAGCCAUGAUUACUAUUUUAUGUUAUGCUUAUUAAAGAAUCGUCAUCGUUUCUAGAAGCAUGUUUUUUUUUUUUUUUGGUUGUAUGGACUUCUUCAAUUGGGUUCUGUGGUGUAGAAUAGAGCCUUUAUUCUAGGGGGUGUAUUGUGUUACCUAA